AUGAUCGACCAGGUCGUCGACACAUUCGUGGUGCUGGCAAAAUGCCUUGUGUUGACUUUUGUGGCCAGCAUCAAAGCACUUCUGCCUAUGGGUGUACUGCCGAGGAAGAGUGUGAAAGCUCAUCACUCUUCACCAAGUAAAAGUAAAGAGCUGAAAUACAACUAUUUUGCUCUUUUUUCGGUGGAUGAGUGGGUCGUGGUGCGUACUAAAUUAGAAAUCACAGGAUCUUUUGCGGGAAGGGAAGUAGAGGUAUUAAAUCCAUUUUAA